AUAGUCCUUAAUGCAAAUUACUGCAUUUGCCAUCUGUAAGGGAGAGUUUGAACUAUCACGUUGUAAGGAUUUUAAUUGACACAGUUGACGUAUCACGGACUUAUAAUUUUCUUAAAUUAAAUGUAGUUUGAACAAUUCUUGCAUUUAGUUAACGAUUCGAAGUUAUUAGUGUAGCAGAAACGAAGCGUAUCAACUAUGCCCAUGGUAUCGGCGAGGGUAAAUUUGUUGCACACCUGAUCAUGAAAGUUCUUACUUGAAGCAAUAUGGACGUCGCCGACAAGUUGAAAGAACUAGGGUGGUUCCUGUCUGCUGAAGGGCUUCAGCAAAUUGGUGAAAAUGGAAACGUUACAGAUAUAAAGUCUCUUGCUCUCAAAGCUCUUGAUUUUGAUCUCCGGGAAAUUGGGGCCGCAUCAUUUCCAGAGGACAUUAAUAAAGGAAAACUGGACAGUAUUCCAGGUAAAAUAGUAGUUCAGAUACAGAAGAUUCGCAAUGUGUCGGCUCCAAAGGCUAAUGAAGAGUCAAGAGCAGCUCCUCGAAUGUUGAGAUUGACAUUGACCGAUGGACACAGUUGUUGUCAAGCUGUGGAACUGGAAAGUGUACCAGCACUCAGUCUGAACACACCUCCAGGCACAAAAUUAUACCUGAGGAAUGAAUCGCUUCCAAUGUCCCAUGGUAUUCUUCUCCUGAAGUCAUCAUACAUUGAAGUGCUUGGAGGAAGAGUCCCUCCACUAGUGGAAAAAUGGGAAUUCAACCGGACCCUGGCAAAGCAUACGCGGGGCCGAAUAGGUGAGGAAGGAGGGCCUCCUCCGUGGAUACCAUUUGGACAAAGGAUCUUGCGACCAAGUCCGCAAGACCACAAUUUUAAGUCUUUGGACAACCAUAGAGACAAGGAGAACAAGGAAAAUGCUGAGUUUGAGGCCCAGAGAAAGGAUGCAAUUGCAGAGGCUGCAAGGGGUGGCGCUAAGAAAGUGUUUGGGGGAGGAAAUAAACCACUUUUAGAUCACAACGUCCAACAGAUUGUAGAUCAUGGUUUCACAGUAGAACAAGCAGAAUAUUCUCUCCGACAAAAUAGAAAUAAUGUUGAACGAGCACUUCGAGCACUUCAGAAACAAGAUGGUAUAAGACGUGAAGAUGGUCAGCGAGAGAGGGAGCAUCCAUGGGCAGAUGCAAGAACAAAGGGAGCAGAGGAACGAGAGCGGAGGAAGCGGGGAGAAAGGGAAGAUGAAACAGGAGUGCCACCAAAACCCUCAGGCAGUGUAUCAUUAUUUGACUUUGUUCAGAACAAACUCCCUCCCCAGAAUGAGAAAGACAUGGACCAAAAACAUGCUUAUACGAGGAGUGGGUCUGGAUCAGAACGAAAGUUCAUGUCAUCAGACUUGUAUAAAGGUGGAGCAAACACAAAGGGUGGGCGGCCAGAACGAGGAGAUUUUUCUCAGCCAAGAGGAAGUGGUGGAAAUAAAGGAGGAGGUAGAGGUAGUCAUGGAGGGAGAGGAACAGCAUCUUGGAGUGGAAGUGAUACUAAGGACAGAGACAGAGGAAACAGCUAUUCAAACUACCAUCAUAAUAAUGUGACGCAUCGAGAUGAGCGCGUAGACAGGGGAAGACACACUGCGACAGCUACAGGAAGUAAUGCAGGAGGGUCCUCACUGCAGCAACAACAGAAACCACCCAGAUUUCAGAACCAGCAACGAUAUCAACAGCAACAACAGCAAGCCAUUAAUGAGAGUUUGUAUGGACACCAGAAUUGGUCCAGUUCAUACAACGAAUCAAAUUAUGGAGGUACAUGGCCUGGUCGUAACUCAGCACUAAACGGUGGUGCAACCAGAUCAAGGGAUGACUUUGGUGCAUCUAGUCAUCGGGAAUCAUAUGGAACUGUGUCCCACAGUGAUAGAAAUAAGUCCACGAGUCAGCAGCAGGUGGGAAAUGGAGGAUACAAAAAUAGUUUUGAUUCAUCAGUAGGUGCACAGACAAAUCAUUGUCCAGGGGAGCAAUUUGAAGGUGUUGUAACUGCUCAGAACUUUGGCCAGCAGCAGGAUAUUUCAUUUAAUUCAGCCGCCAAAUUUUCAAAUCAACACAGUGCAAGCUUAUCACAUGAAACAUUCAACAACUAUCCAAGAACACAAAAUCACCAGAAUAACCAAAUGUAUGCCAUAGAUUUUUCAUUCAAAGAAACAUCUAGCAGCUUAAAUAAUUCACACAGUAUGUCCAACAUCACCUCUUCAUCUCCUUAUGGAAGCAACAUAUAUUCAAACCCAAAUUAUGGUGGAAUGGUUCCUUCAGAUGGUCCACCCUCCAAUCAGUACAUACCAGACAGCAAGACAUGGCAGUGGCAUAAGGGAGACAAAUGUAUGGCCAAAUACUGGGAAGAUAAUAUGUAUUAUAAUGCUGAAGUGACAGGUGUAUCAGAGCGUACAUGUGUGGUACGUUUCAUUGAAUAUGGCAACUAUGAAGAAGUUCUACAGGAUGACUGCAUCCCUUUUACUGAGGAUGGGCUUGGACACAGUAUUCAGCCAUCCAGUGCCUUUCUCAACUCCACAGAGUCUCUGCAAUCCCCAUCUUAUAACCAGAAUCAUUUCUCAGGUAUCUUGGAGUUCCGGAGAGGUGGCACAAGACCUUACAUUAAGAGUGGAGGAGGAGAAGGUGCAGGGAAUCGAGAUCGGAGACCUCCCCGCAUUCAGCAGCAGAUGUAUGUCCCUCCAGCACAACGCAAAUAACAUGGUGAUGAUGUGGAACUUCUGAAGCAUCUAAAUGUGAGAUUGACAGUGCUAUUCAAGUGUUCAGCACAAUCCUGUUGCAAGAGGAUUUCUACUAGAGAACUGUACAAAGAGCCAAUAGGCUGUUGUUGAUAUGCAUUGAGCACAUUAUAAGUUAUUAUACUGGAUGAAAUGAUAUAUAAAAAGUAUUAUAAACAUGAACUUCUGCCUUUACUGUUUGUUAGUAAUUGGUUACACUUCUGAGUACAAUAUUUAAUAUUGUUACCAAUAAUUUAAUAUGAGUGCAGGCCAACUAAUUUUGUUAAUAAGUAUUAUUCUUCUUGAAAGGUGCUUUGUGUGGGUAAAUUGAGUCAGCCAGAACCCAGCCUGAUAUGUACAGCAUUAUACUGCAUUAUGUGAAUGUAAAUAAGGUUUGUACUGGAAUUAUGAAUUGUAGACAUACAUAUAACUGAUGUGUGUAUCUAUAUUUUUACUUUGCAGCUGUGUGUAAUUUUCAAAUGGGAAUGAAAACUUUUGGUUCUUGUAAGAACUGUCAUAUCUUGUAGAAUACCUCACUUUAUGAGUGUUGCAAUACACAAUUCUCUUAGUCUUUUGUAUAACUGUAAAAUAAGAUAUGGUUUUAUAUCCCAUGUUUUGAGAUAAAAUUGCAGUUUUCUUGUUCUUAGGUUUUUGCGGCUGGAGAUCAACAUAUAACUUAAACUUUCAGGUAUGAGCUGUGUCGAAUGUUUUAACUGGCAUUUUGGCAAACACUGCAGUUGUCAUCUUCGGGGUGAAUGUGUAAUGUGAUGAGUUCUCAACGCUUUAUUUAGGGCAAGCAGUGGGUGGCAAGUUAAAUUUGGUGUUGCUGAUUGGUGAAGAAGAGGAGCGGGUUGCUAUCCAGUGGUAGAAGAGCAUGUGUCUGAGGAAAUAUCUCCAACUUUAGUUACCACAUGUUCAUAAAAGAAAAUUUUUCUGUCAUAUCUUUUCCUCAAACACAUGCUCUUCUCCCACUGGAUAGCAGCCCACUCCAUUAAUCACCACUAUCACCUCUAAUUAGCUGCCUACAGCCUGCCAUAUAUAAGGCUUCCAGAACUCACCUUACUAUACAUUCACCCUGAAGAUGGCAACUGCAAACUGGUUAAUACACAGCAUUUGACACAGCUCACACCUGAAAGUUGAAGUUAAACAUUACAGCGUGGAAGAAAAAUUCAAAUACUGUCUACACUCACUGUCUGCUGAAACCAUUCCAUACAAUUCCUCAUUUUUUUUAUGAAUCCUAGGCACUUUACUUAUGCAGAUACAUACUGAAUUCUCUGUCUUUGUUGGGUAGAGCCUGUCAAAGAGUGCUCAUUCAUAUAUUAAGUCAGAUUAACUCAAACUGAUAUUCUGCUUUAUCCAUUGUAUAUUAUGAAAGUACAGACAGGCUCAAGUUGUAUACACUGUUUACUUAUACUCUUCAUACUUUCACUGUUAUAAACAGGGCAGUUCUGCAUAUAAAUGCAGUCACUGAAGAUAUGAGAGAUUUGAAGUUCUCAAGGUGGUGGUGAUGUUCUUCUGGGUUGUGAUGCCAUGUAUACCUGUAAGUAGGUACCAUUGUUUCAGAGAAACAUACUGUCUCCAUCUUCAGGCCUGAAAAUGGAGACAGUACAACAUCAGCGUCAGUGAAAGCGUUCUGCAAAUUGUACAAAGUGCUAUAAAAUUGACCUUUUGUUUUCAUAAAUUGUACAACAAAGAAGAAGUGAAUAAAUAAAUGCAUAAACAAGUAAAAGUAAAAAGUUAAGUGAGCAGUGUUAAUUCUAAAUCAGAACAGGACAGUUCAUGAUAGCCAAUUAGGAAUUGUAAGAAAAUGGUGUUAGAUACAAUUUGAAAUGUGUAUGGCAUGAAUGGACUAGUGCAUGGGUGUGUGAAUUCUGACACAAGCUCACAUAACGGGGACUCGUUAAGGUGCUUAUUUGAAUCAACAACACAUUAUAAAAUUAUGUUAGUAUGCUUUAUGAUUUCAUUACCAUGUCUGAUCACACCACUUUGCAUUGCUGUGUGCAUAACAGUGAUCCUUAUGAGCAUUGCUUUUGAGUAUGAACCAAAUAGAGGAGUUCACUAAAUAGUUUUGAAGCUGAUGUCAAGAGGCUUUGUCUUUAGCUUGGAUUAUGCCACCAAGUUAUGUUUCAUAGUUUUGGAACUGAAAAUAGCAUUUUCGUUGCUCUGUUUAAAGUUUCUGGUAUGUAUGACAGGCAUACAGAGAAGCUUAAAAAGAAAUAUUUCUUAGACAAUAUGAUUAUUAGAAAAUGAGCUUGGUUUGUCAGUAUUGAGUUAGAAUGCCAUGCUCUGAAUUUCAAAUUCAACAGUUUUUAAACGGUGAUGGAACUAGUGUUUGGAAUUCAGAUAUCAACUGUGAAACCUAACUAGGGCCUUUGUGCUUUAUCUCCAGAUCUGUUAGGUGAAUGACCACCUGUGUAGUGAAACCAUGAAUGUCUGUGCACAGUCUCAUUCUGAUUGAUUGGUAAGGCCAGGUUACAGGAUCAUAGUGCAUCCUGUUGUAGUAGUGCCUUGUUGUGCCCCUCUGUUAGUAGAACAGCACCAAAGUGAACCUCUGACUUCCCACCUGUAGCUAGUGUUAAUUCUAUCUUGUGUAAUGAUUACUCAUAUAUGGAAAACAGAAAAAUGUAUUGGAUAACUUUCAGCAUUCAGAAAUGAAUAUGUGGACAAAUGGAUUGGUAAUAAGCAUUACUAAAUAACUUAUUUAUACAAAGAAAUUACAGUUUUGCACACAUUCAAUUAAUUUUAGUGUAAGCAAAUGUGAAACUGAUUGAAAAUAACUGUAUUAAUAAUAUUUAACAAUUAGCAUAAGUUGAAGGUGAUGUAUGAGCACUCAAUGAAAAGGCAAGGAACUGCUUUUUAUUUUUUGUGUAAAAAUUAUUUAAUUAAGUUUAAUUGAUACUCUUUUAACCAAUUUUGGUUUUAUGUUCCCUAUCCAUCCUUCACUUUACAUUCUUAUGAAAGUAAUACCAACUUCAGAGAAAAAGUAAUAUGAUUGAGGAACUCAUUAAAACGGGAUACAGUUUUACAGUUUCUUGUAUUUUUUCAGCAUUUAUAUAUUUCAAAACUUAUAUUAUUAAUGAGUCUUAUAUAGUGAUAAUUCAUUAUGAUAAUUUUCUCGGAUUUUACUACAUGUCAUAAUAGCAGAGUGUUACUAAAUAAGAACUCAGGAUGCCUUCACAGUGUGACAGCUGGCUCUCUUCUGUAUUUCUUACCUGUUGUAAUGGUUUAUAUUGUGCUACAGAGUCAAACUCCUUAAAAAUGUGAUUAUUAUUUUAUGCUGUAGUGAUUUAUAACAUGUAAAGAUAAAGUUAACUUAAAUACCAC